GCUUCAUUUUUUCUUGGCCCCACAUGACAACGUUGCAGCGGCUAUCCGCAGAGUAAAUGCCGCGGCCGUGAGGAUGGCAGGCAGGCUGAGCUUCAGUAACAUCACCGCCCUGGCUCCCAUGGUCCGGGUGGGGACUCUGCCCAUGAGGCUGCUGGCUUUGGACUACGGAGCUGAUGUGGUUUACUGCGAGGAGCUGAUUGACAUUAAGAUGGCUCUGUGUCAGAGGCAGGUGAACGACGUGCUGCAGACGGUGGAUUUUGUGGCUCCUGAUGACCGAGUGAUGUUCAGGACCUGUGAGCGGGAGAAGGACCGAGUCGUCUUCCAGAUGGGAACCGCGGACCCAGAGCGAGCGCUGACUGUUGCCCAGCUUGUGGAGAAGGACGUGGCUGCCAUUGACGUGAACAUGGGCUGUCCCAAGGAAUACUCCACCAAGGGGGGCAUGGGAGCUGCUCUUCUCUCAGAUCCCGACAAAAUCGAGGCGAUCCUCAGGACACUCGUUGCGGGAGUUUCCAAACCGGUGACAUGUAAAAUCCGGAUCCUGCCCUCGCUGGAGGAGACGCUCAGUCUGGUCAGGAGGAUCGAGAAGACGGGCGUCGCUGCGAUCGCCGUGCACGGCAGGUUUAAAGAGGAGCGUCCCCGGCACCCGGUCCACUGUGAUUACAUUCAGGCCGUCGCUCAGGCCGUGUCCAUCCCCGUCAUCGCCAACGGCGGCUCUCUGGAUCUGGUGAAGUCCAACGGCGACAUCCAGGAGUUCAGGAAGGCGGCGGGCGCCUCGUCCGUCAUGUUGGCGCGCGCCGCCAUGUGGAACCCGUCUGUGUUCAGCGGCCAGGGACUACUUCCUGUGGAGAGGGUCAUGGAGGAAUACCUGAAAUAUGCCAUCCGGUACGACAACAACCCCUUCAACACCAAGUACUGCCUGUGCCAGAUGCUGAGGGACAAGGUGGAGUCUCCUCUGGGGAAGCAGGUCCAGUCGGCCCAGACCAACGCCGAGAUCAGCGAGGCGUACGGCUUGCAGGACUUCUACCGGCAGACGCAGGAGCAGCUGCAGGCGAGGAGGGACGCCGUGCAGAGCGGCAGCCGGCCCGACCGGCCCGUCCUGGACGGAGACGUCGUCACCAUGCCCGUCAGGUUUGAACGGAGGGAGUAUCCGCCUCAGAUCACCCCCAAAAUGUUCCUGCUGGAGUGGAGCCGCAAGGAGAAGCUGGAGCAGCCGCUGUACGAGACGGUGCAGCGCUGUCAGGACCGAGCCUUCCAGUCCACUGUCACUGUGGCCGAGAGGAAAUACAGAUCCACACUGUGGGAGAAGUCCAAGAAGUUUGCGGAGCAGGCGGCCGCCAUCGUCUGUCUGCGAGUUCUGGGAAUCCCGGAGGGUCGAAUCGGCGAGGAAGACUCCGGCCUGGUCUGCAAGAGGAAGAGGGAGGCGAAGCUGAACGGCGCCGCAGACGAGGAAGGAAGCAAGAAACGGCACGUCGCCGAAGACCAGCAGGAAGCUGGGAGCGAGGCGAGCGCCGUCCUCGUUAACGGCGACGCUCACGAUCCACAGACGCCUCCGAAUCAUCAGUAGAGCUCAGAAAGACACGAAAAGACAAAUGAACUUUUAUAUUUAAGUGUCGGGUCAAAAUCAGCGUCUUUCCUGGAGACGAGACGCGGGUUUGUGUGGAGAGGAAGAACCUGUGCAGCGGUGUCAGAGGACGGCGGGUGUUUGAUCAUACCAGUUAGUCGAUUUAUGAAUUAGUCACAUGACAGAAAACUGAUUUACAGUUUGAUAAUUAAUUGUUUUAGUCAUUUAUCAAGUAAAAACUGCAAAACAUUUGCUUAUUCCAGCUUCAUAAAGAUCACUAAGAUUUGUUUAUAAUUUUUAAAAAUACAUAUAUCGUCAGUUGCAGCCCUAUUGGUGAUUUUUUUUUUUUGUGUGCUUGUGCUCAGGCGGGGUUUUAGGGGAUCAUCAGUUAAUCUCAUGAUUAUUUGAGAUUAAUCGUGAGUUAUUUAGUUUUUUCAAAUGUGAAAAAUAUCAGAGCCCGAUGUGAUCAGAGCCCAGAGUGGCAUCUUUAAAUUAGAGCUGGGCAAUAUGGCCAAGAAAAUAAAAUCUUUUUAUUUUCUCAGACUUUUCACGAUUCACAGUUGCGAUUUUAAUCUAAUUUUUUUUCUUGUUUUUGCAUCGAUUUAAAAUGCAAAUCGAAUUUAAUCGGUUUAUCACUCAGACCUGCUUCAGACGUCUUCCUUAGUCUGCACUGCAAAAACUCAAAAUCUUACCAAGAUUAUUUGUCUUAUUUUAAGUCAACAAUGUCUUAUUCCUAGUCAAAAUAUCUCAUUACACUUCAAAUAAGACAUG